GUAUACUUUCGGGCAGUCGGCACAUUACGUAUACGUCGGUGGUCAGUGGAAGGCGCGAUGAUGGGUGGGCGAUUCGUUAUUGAAACAAUAAAUUUGUAAGAAGAAAACCAAAAAUCAGGGGAGAUAAAUACGGCACUCACGAGAAAUUGCGACAGGCAAGUGAGACAAAUUUAGCCAAAGACAAAAAUCUAAACCGCAUCGAAGGAGAUUCUCUGAGGAGAGCAAACUGUUGCUGCUGCUUCUGGUGGUGCUGCCACUGGGCCUGAGCCACUGGGUGGCUGUGGUGGCGCUGGUGGCGGUGGCAGUUUUUGUUUGGCGGGUGGCGGUGCCAAAUGAUGAUCAUGACCGCGUAGAGACGCAAAUAAAUAUAAUUGAAACACCUCCGAACUAUAAGCAAAUAGAACCCGACGACGCCACCGUAGUGCGGGCAUUGUGUAACUGCAACGGUAUCGUCAACAUGAACAAAACUAUUCUGCACUGGAGCUAUCUGAACUUCAAGGAUGUCCCGAUGGACCUCUUCCUCUACGAGGAUCUGGAGGAGGUCUAUCUCAAGGAGAACUUCAUAUCGGUGAUCCCCAAGUGGCUGCUAAACAUCACCACCCUGAAGUUCAUCCAUCUGGCGGGCAACAAUCUGAGUGAACUCCCCACCGAUAUCUAUAUGCUGGAGAACCUGGAGUUCCUGGACGUGUCCAACAAUGAGCUCAAGGAGCUGCCCCCCACCCUUGGACUCCUGCUCAAUCUUCAGCAGCUAAAUGUUUCCGGCAAUCAGCUCACCGAACUUCCAGUGGAACUGAGCAGCCUGCGCAAUCUGGAGCACCUGAACAUCGCCAAGAACCAAUUCCGCCGACUGCCCAUCCAGCUGAGCGAGUGCGUCCGCCUCAACGAGCUAAAUGUGAGCGACAACGAGGCGCUGCUCCACAUCCCCGAGCGCAUCUCCAACCUGCCCAUGCUGCAGUCCCUCGCCGCCGAUCGCUGUGCUCUCAUCUAUCUGCCGGCCGCCCUCUCCAAGUUCAUGAACCAUGUGCGCAUCUUCCACAACACAGCCAUCAACUACAUACCCAUGGUAUACGAGAGGUUCUACCAAAACUUUUACGACAACCGCCAGAGAAUCACUCCCAUCGCCGUUCAUCGCAAGGGUCUGUUUUGGGUCCGCGAGCUGGAGACGAACACCAGGUUGGUACUUCCGGUGGGCACUCGCACAGUAUUUCCGGUUCCCUCGACGGAGAACCGGGUCACGCUCUACGACGACUGCCUGCACGCCCUCCAAUCGCUGAACCGCUCCUUGCCCGUCUACGAGAAUGCCGCCCUGCACCGCCUGCUCCCGGAACCAUAUAUCAGUUCCCAUAUCAACAACGGACCCAUCGCCCGCUGCACGAAUUCCACCUGCUCCAGAUGUCUGUACACCUCGUACUACUUCAUGGUCGUGAAGAGGUUCAAACCUGAUCCAUACACAUUGCAUCGAAACUUAAGGCGUGGCAGCACUUCCAAGCAACUUUUCACCUGUAAUUUUUGCACCAACCGAUGUGCGCUCCUCUGGUUGACGAGCAAUGACAAAAAGUACUACCAAGUGAAUUGGCGAGUGUCAGAUGAUGACGACGAUGAUGAAGAACACGUGUCCAGUGUUUUGUACAUGUCAUGUAAAUGCUAUUGAACUACUGGCAACCGGCGCCAUUUGUCCAAAGAGAAAGCUCCCGAUAAUCUAACCCUAGGCUUAAAGAAAACUUUGUGUGGGUCCCCGUUCAUGGAGGUGUACGUAGUCGUCUAAAACACACUUAUGGGCCUCCGGAAAGGCUUUUCGGCAGUCGACGCCAUGACGACCCAUCCUGAAGGCAUCCAAAUACGGCCCGUCUAGCGUUCGAUGAGGUCUAAAUGAUAAAUAUAGUAGUCUCUGGUUUGAGUUCAAGUCGAAGUCAUCUUACCUUAACAGCCUGUGUAGUAUCUGGGCAUAGAGUCCACUGUGCUCGUCCACCUGACCAUUCUCGCAUAUCAAACGUUUCAGGCAGGCACUUCCAUUCUGACCCAAUUGAUUCAUAUAACCCUCGGCGAACUUGAAUAGCAAAAGCUGGGGUUCAUCCACCAAAAGACGAGCAGGCACCGAUGAAGGAUCUGGCUGGGUCACAGGACCCUUGAGAUUUCGCGAACUAUCCCAGAGUUUCCACCAGUAGAUGGGAGUUUGCGGCUCAUUGAACUGGUAGUGGAAGUUCAUCAGCCAGACCAACUGUCGCCAGACCUUUUUCUCCAUAAACGGAACCGGAAAUGCACAACCCGUAACAAACUGUAAAGAUACAAGUUAAUAUUACUAUACUCAAUAAAUAUUUGAUGUCUAACCUUGA